CUUCGUGUUCGCAACCACUCUUCUGUCUGGCUCGCCUGCUCAGUGCCUCUGCCCCGUGAGACGUUAUCUGUCCUCCGCAUCUCUUAUUCCUCGUAUCUUCUAUCCCGCAUACCCUUCCCGUGCUGGGUCGACCCCCUCCCUCCCUCCCCGAAUCCCGAUCUAGCCCCCUUCCUCCCUUAUCUUUUUUCCCUGGACCCUGCUUCCUGGACCUGCAUCCCCUCACAUAUCGAUCUCGAAUCCCGUCACGAUGGAUCUCUGCGGCCGUCAGAAGGUGGUGCGACGCAAGAUGGUGCUUUUAGGGGACGGUGCGUGCGGAAAGACCUCCGCCCUGAAUGUCUUCACCAGAGGAUACUUCCCAACUGUUUACGAGCCUACUGUAUUCGAGAACUAUGUGCAUGAUAUCUUCGUGGACAACGUACACAUGGAAUUGUCGCUAUGGGACACGGCCGGCCAGGAGGAAUUCGAUCGGUUGCGCGCGCUUUCAUACGAGGACACACAUGUGAUCAUGCUUUGCUUCAGCGUCGACAGUCGGGAUUCGUUCGAAAACGUCGCGAGUAAAUGGAUCGAGGAGAUCUCCGAGAACUGCCCCGGCGUCAAGCUCGUCCUCACAGCGCUCAAGUGCGAUCUGAGAAAGGACGAGGCCGACAACGAGAACCCCAACGCGAUCGCUUACGACGAAGGCCUGGCCAAGGCGAAGGAAAUCGGCGCGGUCAAGUACCUGGAGUGCUCCGCCGUACAAAACCGCGGAAUCAUGGAAACCUUCUACGAGGCGGCCAAGGUGGCCCUCGAGGUGAAAACCCAGGGGUCUAGCGGAUCCGGCGAUCGAUGUGUCAUUCUCUAGACCUGUCUAUUGUCUAUCCAUCCUCCCCCUUACUGAUAUUAUGACCUCCGUGGCAUUGCUUGCUCUGUUCCUAUACCCUUCUCAACCUUCCCCCCCC